AUGAAGGAACCGGGCCGGACGGGUCAAAGAGCCACGGCACCCACCCACUGCCUGCAGCAGGUGCAGAUCCUGCUGGAAGAGGAGAAAGCCUGUGAGGAAGGUUACGGGAAGUACCUUCACGCCAGAGCCAACGGGAAGGUCAUCCUGGAGGACAUGCUGUGUGCUGGCACUCUGGGCCGUAGCCCCUGCUAUGGUGAUUCUGGGGUCCCGCUGGUCUGGGUUCAGGUGGGCGGGGUCAGCUGGGGCAUCAGCUGCUCCAGGAUUGAGCUGCCCGCCAUCUUCACAAGCGUCCAGAGCCAUGUGACCCGGAUCCAGUGGCAAAUCCGGAGACGCCAUGAAGGGCUGACCAAGCCGCCUGCCUACUUCCUGUGGCCAAGAGAUAAAGGGGCACAGGAGGCCCCCAGCGCAGAGGCCCAUGGAGUCCAGGCAAGAUGCUCCAGGUGUUGCUUUCGGCCCUCUUCCUCCUGGGGAGCUCCACUGCUGGGACCCCAGCGUCCAGCUCCUGAUCAGGAGCUGGUGGGCAUCAUCGGUGGCCACAAUGCCCCCCAGGGGAAGUCAUGGCAAGUCAGCCUGAGAAUCUACGCUUACCACUGGGCCUCCUGGGUGCACAUCUGCAGGGGCUCCCUCAUCCACCCCCGGUGGGUGCUGACCGCCGCCCACUGCAUUUUCCGGAAGGACACCGACCCCUCAGCCUACAGCAUCCAUGCCGGGGACGUGUAUCUCUAUGGGGGCAGGAGGCUGCUGAAUGUGAGCCGUGUCAUCGUCCACCCCAACUGCAACUACACCAAUCUGGGCGCGGACAUCGCCCUGCUCCAGCUGUCAGACUGUGAGGGCACUGCUAACGUCAAGCAGGUCAGGCUCUCGUCAGCCCAGCUUGAGGUCACCCCAGAGGACUGGUGCUGGGUGACUGGCUGGGGCGCCAUAAGGAUGCACCAGUCACAGCACCCCCCUUAACGCCUGCAGCAGGUGAGGGUGCAGGUGGUGGAGAAUGCCGUCUGUGACCAGCUGUACCACGCCUCUGGACAGGGCCAGCAGGGGAAGAUCAUCCAGGAUGACAUGCUGUGCACGGGGACUGAGGGCCCGGACUCCUGCUACGGCGACUCUGGAGGCCCUCUGGUCUGCAAGGCGAAGAGCACUUGGUACUUGGUAGGAGUGGUCAGCUGGGGCUACGGCUGUGCCCUGCGCAACAUUCCCGGGGUCUACGCGCACAUCCAGACCUAUGUGCCCUGGAUCAUGUGGCAGAUCUGGAGGUGCCCCUGA